AUGCAGCAGCAAAUGCAAGGCAGAGAGCAAUGCAUGAUGGAUGUGCAUGAAUACCAGCAGCAGCAGCAGGGGGAGGAGCAACAGCAAGAAGAGCAGCAGCAGGAUGAGCCACAGCAGCAGCAUGAGCCGCAGCAGCAGCAUGAGCAGCAGCAGCAGCAUGAGCAGCAGCAACAGCAUGAGCAGCAGCAGCAACAUGAGCAGCAGCAGCAGCAUGAGCAGCAGCAGCAGCAUGAGCAGAAGAAGCAACAUGAGCAGCAGCAGCAUGAGCAGCAGCGGCAGCAUGAGCAGCAGGCCGUGCCUUUGAAAAAGCGCGUAGUUACUUUUUCUCCCGCGGAAAAGGAUGUGAAAAGUACAGCAAUAAGUCCUUCCCGCUUCUACGCACAUCCUGCAAGCAGCAGCAGCAGCAGCAGCAGCAGCAGCAGCAGCAGCUCAAGCUGCAGUGUCACGGGAUGCGAAGCACAGGAAGAUAGCUGCAGCAGCCGGAGCUCUUUUCCCCGUAAACAAAAGUCAGCAGAACGUUCUGCAGUUUCUGUCUUUGGUGCAGCAGCAACAGCAGUACCCGCCAGCAGCAGCAGCAGCAGCAGCAGCAGUAGCAGUUUUCUCAACAGUUCGGUGUCUGCCUUACAGCGAGUGCGCUUGUGGCGGCGCGUUGAAUCCCUGCUGCUGCUGCAGCAGCAGGAGCAGCAGCAGCAGCAGCCGACCCACCAGAAGCAGCGCAAGGCGAAUCCUCUGGUGCCUCUCUGGGUGUUUGAGAAGCAAGCAGAAGCAGCAUCAUUUGCUGCGCUGCUGCGGCGGCGGCUGCCUGCUGCUGCCGUUGCAGUGUGGGCUGAAGAAACUGCAGAAACGGGGCUGCGCCGGUUUUGCUGCGGCUCCUUGAGAGCCCUUCUUGCUGCUGCUGCUGCUGCUGCUCGCAAGGCAGAACGGAUCCGACAGCUGCAGCCUCUCAUCCAUGCGCAUCCUGCUGAUAUUCGUGCUGCUGCCGCUGCUGCUGCUGCUGCUGAGCUUGCUGCUAUGGAGCACCCUGUCAAAAGCAGCGGCAGCCUGACAGAGGAUGGCGACGACAGCAACGGCAACAGCAGGAGCAGAACCACUUGCACUACCAACGAGAACAGCAACAACUGCAGCAACUGCAGCAGCGACAGUAGCAGCGGUAGCAGCAGCAACAGCAGCAGCAGCAACAGCAGCAGCAGGGUGUGCAACCUGUACGAGGUGCUGGAAAGCGGGCGGCCCGUUUGGCUGUACUUCGACUUGGAGUAUUUAUUUCACCUGAAUCCGCAACAGGCGUCAGCAGCAGCAGCAGCGGCAACGUGGCAGCAGCUGCUGCUGCAGCUGCGGGGUUUCUUGUGCAGCAGCUGCAGCAUCUGCUGCCACCCCAGCGAGUUCGUCUCGCUUGACGGCACCAGCAGCAAAAAGUUUUCGAAGCAUUUAAUAGUAAAGGCAAUUCGGCAAAACAAACAAAUGCAAGAAAAAAGAAACCAACAACCAGCCAUGUGGCUUCUGCGAGGGGACGCAGAUGACGCUGCUGCUGCUGCUGCUGCUGCUGCUGCUGUUCCCUCUUCUGCUGCUGUAGCGGGUGCUGAAACCGUGAUUCAGAACGGUGGUGCCGAUGAAACGGCAGCAGCAGCAGCAGCAGCAGAAACGACACAGCAGGAUGGUGGAGAUGGCUCACCUGCAGCAGCAACGCCCAGCGCAGCAGACUCAGCAGCAGGAACAAAGGCAGGAGCAGCAGCUACAGCAUCGUCACCAGCAGCAUCAACUGCAGCGCCAGCGACAAGGCUAGCAGCAGCACCAACAAUUGCAGCAGCAGGGACAGCAGCAGCAGCAGCAGAAAGCCAAUCAACUUUAAUGGCUGACGCCCAGACGGCUGGACGCUUUGCGGAGGUCUUCGUUAUGCAUCUUUCUAACCGCAUGUACAUUCUUCACCAGCAGCAGCGGCAGCAGCAGCAGCAGGAACAACAGCAACAGGAAUACCAACAGCAGGGAGAGAUGCAGGGGGAACAGCACCAGCAACAACAGCAGCGGGAGGAACAGCAGCAGCAGCAGCAGGAACAGCAGCAGGACGAAAAGCAGCAGCAAGGACAGCAGCAGCAGCAGCAUCAGCAGCAAGGACAGCAGCUGCAGGAACAUCAGCAGCCUCAGGAGCGGCUGGCGUCUCAGUGCGAGCAAACUGAGCUCGAGGAGCAGCAGACGGGGCAGCAGCCGCCGCAGCAGCAGCAGGAACAGCAAAACGAGAGACGCUGCGACUGUGCUGGAGCGGCAGCAGCAGCUACUUUGGAUGAUUUGCUGCUGCUGUUUCCCAUAGCAGAAGAAACAGGCGAAAGGCGCUGCCUCAUCGACUUAGCUGUAUACACUCGUAACAGGUGCUUCAGGCUACUGGGGUCUUCUAAGUAUGGACAAGACACCCCACUAACGGUACUUGCUGCUGCUGCUGCUGCUGCUGCUGCUGCUGCUGCCUCUGCUGCUGCUUUUGCUGCUGCUGUCAGUGCUGCUGCGGGCAACAGUGCGUCUCUUUGUGGAUACAUGGCUCCAUGUGCUGCUGCAACGUGCUGCAGAUGUCAGGCCUACGUCCACAACAGCAGUUGCGUCACGGUGCCUCUUCUGCUGCUACUGCUGCUGCUGCUGCUGCAGGUGAGCAGCGAGUGCUGCUACCCGUUGGGGCCCAUACUCGAGCUGCAGCUGCUGCGCAGCCUGGUCAGCUUCGUCCCCCCAGGGCUUGAAAUUCCUCUUUUCCAUCAUCCCUUAAUUGCGCCUGCUGCUGCUGCUGCUGCUGCUGAAGGCAAACGCGGCAGCAGCAUUUGGGAAAUGCAGUGGGACGAAAUUGCAGAAAGCAGCAGCAGCGGCAGCUCGCUGAGGCGGCUGCUGCCCGCGCGGCCCGUCUUCAGCGCAGAGGCACCGGGGGGCAUUCAGAUGAAGCAGCCAGCAGCAGCAGCAGCAACAGCAGCUGACCCGUUGCACUUCUCGUUUGAAAGUGAGUCUGUUCCCGGCCUUCCCUCGCACAUCCCAGGGCUGCGCGACGCUGCUGCCUUCAUAGUUGCCUUUUGGGACCAGGUGAGGGAUGCAGCAGCAGCUGCAGCAGCAGGGCAGCAGCUGCGGGAAAUGCAGCAGCAAGAAGUGCAGCAACAGCAGCAGCGGGCGCUACGCGGCUGCAGCUGCGUCUAUUACCCCUCCUCUGAGACCCUCGCGAUAACCCCAAGAAACAAUCGGUACUGCAUGAACUUGGGAAGACAGCACAAGUCCAAUGGCAUCUUGCUCGUGCUGCAGAUACACCAGGGCCUCUUUUGGCAGAAGUGCCACGAUCCAGAUUGUCAGCAGUUUCGUUCUCCCAGAUUUAGUCUGCCUGCGGCUCUCACAGACGCGAGCGCGCUGCUGCUUGACGCUGCUGCUGCUGCUGCUGCUGCUGACAGCGGCGAAGACCCCGCUCCUGCGGCGGCUGCUGCUUCCCCGGACUGUGCUGGUGUUGCUGCGGCAGCAGCAGCAGCAGCAAACUGUACAACUAGUGCUGUCGCAUCAGCGGACUGUGCUGCUGCUGCUGCUGCUGCGACAGGGUGCAGUUCGCCUCUGCAAAGUGCAGCAGCCGCAGCAGCAGCAACAGCCGCAGCACCGGCUACUGCGGGUGCGCCAAGCGACAGUGCGGCGUGCUGGCAGCGGCAAAAUCCAACACCUCCUGCUUCCCAUCUGCAGCUGCAGCAGCAGCAGCAGCAGCAGCUGCAGCAGCUACCCCAGCACCAGCCACGCGACAUUGAACAGGAGCAGCAGCUGCAAAUGCAGCAGCUGCUGCUGGACUUCGACAGCUUUGAAGCGUUUUGA